GAUAAUCUUGCUUAAAACCUCUGUCAAAAACAUUCUCUCUCUCUCUCUCUCUCUCUCUCUCUGUGUAAAUGCACACAGCAAAACAGAGCAUCAUCAAUAACCAUGGCUGCGAACAAAUUUGCCACAAUGGUGCAUAACAACACAAACAAGAUCACACUUGUUCUAAUCUAUGCUGUUCUAGAAUGGAUACUCAUAAUUCUCCUCCUCCUCAACUCAAUCUUCUCCUAUCUCAUCAUCAAAUUCGCCCAAUUCUUUGGCCUAAAACCACCCUGCCUCUGGUGUGUUCGUCUGGAAUGCUUUUUCGAACCCCAAAACAAGAAUUCACAUAGAGAUCUUCUAUGUGAGCUCCAUGCUAAGGAGGUUUCCCAGUUGGGGUUCUGUUCGAAUCAUCGAAAGUUAGCUGAAUCCCAUGAUAUGUGUGAGGAUUGCUCAUCUGGGUUUCGAGAAAAAUCGAGGAAUUUUAUGUUUUCGAAAGUGAAACAGAUUGAUUUGGUUCAGAGUGAUGGAGAAGAGGAGGUUUGUUUGAAGUGUUCUUGCUGUGGUGUCGAUUUUGAGAGGAAAAGUUUUGAUGAUUCUUCUUACUUCGUGAUUAAUCCUUCCUGGGAUUUUUUGGGGUUUUCCAAAAAAGGAAGUUCGAUUAUGGAUCUAAUCGGAUCGGAUUUGGAGACUGAUAAUUUUGGGGAAAAACAGGAAAUUCAAAUACAGAUGAAAGAAACAGAGGCUACGGAGAUUGAAUCGGUUAAGGAUGAUUUGAUUCAAUUUGAGAAAAAAGAUGACUCAAAUUCAGAAACACCCGCACAAGAUCUCGAAUUCUUCUUAGAUUAUAGUGGGCAUCAAUUAGUUCCAAUCGAAUCAAUCGACGCAACCACUGUAGAAUUUCUAAACAAUUCAGAGGUUCAUGAAGAUCAUGAAUUCGGGGAUUUCCAGAAAGCUCAAGUUACGUCAGAAUCAACAAUAGAAACAGUAACCCAGGAAUUAGUAAAGGCGACCGAAGAAACACUUUCUGUUCUUCAGAAUUCAAAGGAAUUGGAAUCAUCGAAACUCGCAGAGCUUGAUUCAAUGGAAUUCGAAGAAACUGAAAAUUCACUUGUUUUUCAUGCAAAUUUAAGUGCUUUCUCAAAUGAAAAACCUGCAAUGUCUGAAGAAAAUCAAACUCCAUUCGAUAGUGAAGAACUUAAAGAAACCGAGGAAAAUCAUUCAGACAAUGGAGAAGCAGAGGUUUCUAUUGGAACAGAGAUUCCAGUUUUAGAUUCAUGUGAUGAGAUCAAAGCUCAAGAUAACUUCACUUUAUAUUCUUUAUCUCAUGAAGAACCUUCAACAAGUUCUCACGAUUUGGAUUUCAAUCUGGAAUAUGGUUUCGACGAAGCUCGAGAAGAAGAAAAAACAUGGGAAUUGACAACAACAACGGAAUCGAUAAGUGAAAUGGACAAUGGUGAUCCAAUUAACACAACAGAGAAACUUAAAUCAGCUUUGAGAGCCGAAAGGAAAGCAUUACAAGCAUUGUACACCGAGUUAGAGGAAGAACGAAGUGCUUCAGCAGUUGCUGCAAGUGAGACAAUGGCGAUGAUAAAUCGGCUUCAAGAAGAGAAGGCAGCAAUGCAAAUGGAGGCAUUGCAAUACCAAAGAAUGAUGGAAGAACAAUCGGAAUACGAUCAAGAAGCUUUGCAAUUGUUAAACGAUUUGAUGAUGAAGAAGGAAAAGGAAUUGGAAUCGUGUCGAAAGAAAGUGUCGGAAUACGAGACGAAGGAAAGAAUGCGGUUUUUGGCGAGUAGUUUGAAGAGCGGGACGUGUUCGGCUUCGUGUAGUCAUUCCGAGGAUGGAGAUGGAAUGUGGGUCGACGUGAAUUCCGAUUCCAAGGAAGAUAACGGGAAUCACGAAAGCCGGAAUCGGAAUACGCCGGUUGAAACCGUACUUAAUCUAGACUCGUUUGUGGAGUUCGAGGACGAAAGGUUGUCGAUUCUUGAACAACUUAAGGUUUUAGAAGAGAAGCUUUUCACUUUGAGCGAUGAAGAAGAUCGACACUUUAACGAUAUAGGUCAAAUAGAGGAUUACUUCGAAGAGAACGGAAAACAUAUAAACGGGAAUGGAAUCACGAACAUGUUCCCGAUGGAAUCACAUUAUCAAGAUCGGAGAUCGGAUGGUUUAACGGGAAAGAGACUUUUACCUCUUUUUGAUGCACUCGAUACCGAGAGUGAAGACGGUGUAAUUACAUCAAACGGGAAUGGAAACGGAUUCCAUUCCGACAAGAUCGAAAACAUUGCGGUUACAAGAUUCGAGCUACAAAAGAAGAGAAUCGACAUUGAAGAAGAGGUUGAUCAACUUUAUAUAAGGUUACAAGCCUUAGAAGCAGAUAGAGAGUUCUUAAAACAUUGUCUUGGUUCUUUGAAAAAAGGGGAUAAAGGGAUGGAACUUCUUCAAGAAAUCUUGCAACAUUUACGCGAUCUUAAAAGCAUGGAUUUAAGAGCGAAAAAUUUCACUGAUGAAACUCUUACAUGAUCAACUACAAGAUUUUAUAAGGUGAAAAUGGGGCCACAGCUUAGAGAAAUUGAGUGGGUAUCCAUCAAUUGAAUGAAGAGGUCGUAUUUGGAAGGCUAAGCCACCAAACUUUUGUUCUUUUCUUGGUUUGAUUUUUUUUUUGUUCAUUAUUUUGUUUUCAAAGCAACAUAUUUUUAAAGCUAAAACAAUUAAAUUCAGAGUAAUAUAUACAAAUAUUACUAUCUGUAGUAUAUGUUGUUUAUUCUGAAUUUGAUAAACUUGUUUUGAGAAAAACUUGAAAAUUUUAAAAACCCAUUUUUUUUUUCUUGUGGGGUAGGUGUAAAAUCAUCUCCAUCUUUUGAGGGAAAAGGUGGAAGGUGAACUUAUAUGUGUGUUUCUUUGUAGGUAGUUAGGUGUAGGAUUUUUAUUUUAUUUUUUAUUUUUCAUUUUUUAUGAAAUUGUUUAGGAGUGAUAAGAAAGGGAAGGGACCCUAUUCUUCAUUAUUUCAAAGUGUAAUUUGUAAGUAUGUAAAACUGGUAUUUUAAUUAGAGUUAAAUGUUAUGUGUGUA